UAAAAGCAUGACAAAAUUAUGCGUAAGUUUGGUGCGUAUUUCCUGUUGAAAAAUAACUCCAAAAGUCCAAACUUUUUUUUAAUUAUAAAAGCGCACGACACUUGAAUGUGACCAUUGACUUCUCCGAUGCUUACCGCCUGCAGCCGUGCGUGAUUGACUGCCAGCAAUCUGAUCCAGUGAAAGACAUUGACGACCAAUAGGAAGCGGAGUGCGGCUUGUUUCCAUGGGAGGCCCCGGGAGGCGAUGCCAAGCCGCUAGAAAGCAACACAGUGAGCGGGGAGAAGCGCAAGCAGCAGCCGGGACUGUGGAGAUCCUGCAGCCGCUCCGUGGCACUCUGCGCGCGGAUGAAAGCGAGGUCGCUGGGUAAGGUGACCGGACAGGAGACUCUGAGGACUCUGCUCGUCAAUUAAAGCCACAGCGGUGCAGCAUGGAUAGAUUUCACGACCAGCAAGUGCCUUACUGUAACUCCAAAAAGCCGCAAGAAAAGACAACGAGCUGCGAGAGGCCAGCAAAUGACAGAAAGAGAAAAUUCAUUAAGUCCGACCUGGCUUUGGACACUGAAGAGCUCUUCCAGGACCUCAGUCAGCUGCAGGAGACUUGGCUGGCGGAAGCUCAAGUUCCCGACAAUGACGAGCAGUUCGUUCCAGACUUCCAGACUGAAAACUUGGCAAAGAUCAGCAUGAUGACUGCAGUAAACAUUAACAAUAAGAGAGAGCAAGAAAACACAGCUGGUGCCGGUGUAUUGAUCCUGUGGAAAGAGGUGGCUUUCCACGGACUGCAGCUGAAGAUCAAGAGGGAGCUGCACAGCCCGUGUUCAGAGCUGAGCUCCAACUGUAGUCAGGAGCGGCCCUUCAAACUCCAGUAUGGAGAGAAGUGCCCGUACAACGUCAGUGCCUAUGAGCAGAAGCAGCCCGCAGGAAUGAAGCCCUCCAGCCCAGUGACGCCCCCCUGUAGCACCCCUGUGUCCCCCCUUCAUCAUGCCUCACCCACGGCUGCCCCGACGCCCAAACCAGACAGGACCUACGCCCACAUACCGGCCUCACAGCCGCUCCCUGACAACGCCUACUCUAUGGACCACAGAUUUCGACGUCAGCUCUCAGAGCCGUGCCACUCGUUCCCCUCCCCGCCGACGAUGGCUCGGGACGGCCGGCCCAUCUACCACAGGCAGAUGUCGGAGCCCAACAUCCCCUUCCCUCCUCAAGGCUUCAAGCAGGAGUAUGCUGACCCCCUGUUCGAACACCCGGCCAUGAUGGGCGCGCCGCUACCCCACGCAUACCCCGCCACCAUGAUGAUCAAACAGGAGCCUCGGGACUUCACCUACGACUCAGCAGAAGUGCCUAGCUGCCAUUCUGUCUACUUACGGCAAGACGGCUAUCUGGCUCACACUAACAGGACUGAAGGUUGUAUGUUUGACAAAGUGGCGAGGCAUUUCUACGAUGACACCUGCGUGGUGCCUGAAAAGGUUGAAGGUGACAUCAAGCAGGAGUCAGGCCUGUACCGCGAGGGCCCGUCGUACCAGCGCAGAGGCUCGCUGCAGCUCUGGCAGUUCUUGGUUGCUCUGCUGGACGACCCGUCCAACUCCCACUUUAUCGCCUGGACCGGCCGUGGCAUGGAGUUCAAACUCAUCGAGCCAGAGGAGGUGGCACGUCGGUGGGGGAUACAGAAGAAUCGACCGGCGAUGAAUUACGACAAGCUCAGCCGAUCGCUGCGCUACUACUACGAGAAGGGAAUCAUGCAAAAGGUGGCCGGCGAGAGAUACGUCUACAAGUUUGUGUGCGACCCCGAGGCCUUGUUCUCCAUGGCGUUUCCCGACAAUCAGCGGCCGGUGCUGAAGACGGACAUGGAGCGGCAGAUCAACGAGGAGGACACAGUGCCGCUGUCGCACUUUGAUGAAAACAUGGCCUACGUACAGGAGGGGCCCUACUGUCCGCCGCACCCCUACAACGAGGGCUACGUUUAUUAACGUCAGCCACACACACACCUCCACUCUCCCCUCCCCCCCUGCCUCCUCCGUCCAUACACCUGAGACUGUCAUGUCCUCUAAUUCACAGUCGCUCCGGGAGUAAGACUGAACACACACAUGCAGCGGAGCUUCCCUUCUCUCUCUCACAGAAACACACACAUCCUCUUUUUUUUCUGACGUUGAAGCCGCACAGCAGGAUGGAGAGUGCACUUUAUGGACAGGAAGCGCGGUGAUAACCUGCCAGGGGCUGGCUAUGUGGUUGGCUUUGUUUAUGUUUGUACAUUAAUGUGGAAAUCAUUCUGUUUAUUUUUAAUCCUAUGAUUUUGAGCAUGUGGCGCCCUGCAGAGACAGGACUCACCGGCCAACUCGUGGUCACACAAGGACCGAAUCCUCCUGCGAAAGAAACUCGUCUCCACACAAAUCGAAGGAUGAUCACUUCUGCUCGACUAGUUUGUCCUCAAACAGCCAUCCUGUACCUUCAUGCUCAUUUAAAGUGGCAGCGUAUUGUAACGAUGCUUUUAUGGUGAAGUGACAUGAUUAUAGACUUGAAACAGUAAUGUGAUAAUAAGAGACAUUUAGCUACCAUCAGUGAGAACUGCCUCGCCGCCAGUUUGAUCACAACGCCUGUCGUCUGUCGAUGCCCCUCGUCCAAUCAAACUGUAGAUCUCAUCAUGUAGGUGUUUUUGCUGUAAUGACACAAAACCCUGGAUAAUUAACUCAGCAACCUCGUGGGUUAGUAAAGUAAAGACACAAAGAUGCACCUCGAAUUGUACUGAAGAAAAUACGGCCUGUGUUUAGGAUAAUCAAUAAAGCUUCAGGCCGCUGUAAAAUAACUCAUCCACUGUAAACAGACAUUUUUCUUUAUAUUCUGAAACUCAUCAGAGCAGCAGUCGUCCGUUUGUCAUUUUCAAUGAAUAACAGGUGAAAGUGUAUGUACAGUUAAAGUGGACACAGCAACCAGUCAGUCAACACAUUUAGGAUUUUAUUUUCAAACCCAAAUAAAGUAAGAUUUUAUUGGCUUAAUCGUUAAAAAAACGACAAAAUAAAAGUCCAAAACUUCCCUGAUUUCCUUUCUGUUUUGUUCCAGGUGAACGUGAGGUGUACAUUCUGCUUUGCCAUCGAUAGGGUUGCUUUUUUUUUGUUUUAAAAAAAAGUAUAAGAAAUAUUUAGAGUUUUAUAAUGUGAUGAAAAAACAUUCAUGUUAUAACACAAAUAAUGUUCCAUUGUAUAAUCAGGUAAAUGCACAUUUUGUUGCUGCUUCAAAUUGUAAGUGUAUUUUCUAGUUUAAAGAAAAAAAAAGAAGUGCGGCAGUCACCGUCUGCUAUUCUGGAUUUUUUUUCUUCUAUUUGGUUUGUUGUUUUUUGUUUUUCUUUUGUUUUUUUCAAUUUGAGCAUUAAAAAAAUCUGGUCUGAGUUUUGUUUCUCAGUGUUCACGUGUGUGGGAUGGGACCGGCAAUAGCAAAACUUCUGUAAUAAAAUAGCUCUGAAAAUCAA